AUGAAUAAAUCGAAGCCUAGUAGUAUUGGUAGAACUGUUGAGGAUAUUUUAUACGAAUUUGCAGAUAUGAAGCAUAAGUUAUACUUGCAUGUUGUUAGUUUUCGCAGUCUUCGAUUAUCAUCGUUAACCAAUUCUGAGAAUUCUGCUGCUGCUAUUGCGCGUGCUUUAUUACUACCACACUGGGAUUAUUCAGAGACAGUUGGAUGUUGA